AUGACACAAUAUGGUCAGAUUCUACGAUACUCUAUAGUAGUUUUACUUAGUAUCAUCAGAUUAAGUCAUCAAACUGUUUAUACAUGUACGGCAAGUGCAUCAUGUGGUUGUUCAACGAAUUCUGCAACAGUAAGUCGUAUUGUUGGUGGAGAAACUGCAAGUCCAGCUACAUGGAGUUGGACUGUCUCAAUCUCUAUUGCUGGUAGGUCUCUUUGUGGUGGAUCAAUCUUAUCAAGUUCAUGGAUUAUCACAGCAGCACAUUGUGUAAAUAGUCGAAUACCAUCACAAAUUACUAUUUAUGCUGGAUCAAUUACUCGAUUGUCGGGAACUCAAAUUCGAAGUGUAUCAAAGAUUGUUGUACAUUCUAGCUAUAGCUCGACCACCUAUGUGAAUGAUAUUGCUCUGUUGAAACUUACCUCUCCAUUGAUAAUGACUGAUCCUUAUGUGAGUGCAAUUUGUUUA